ACAUGCUGAUGUUGGUUAAACACUUCACUGUUAGAUAUUCCUGACACACCCAGGCUGUCUCUUGUCAGAUUAAAAGACAGAAAGAUGACACAGGAACAGUAUUUGACUCAACGAAACAACAUCCAGACCUCAGAAAACCAAUAUGUCUACAAAAUCGGGAUUUAUGGCUGGAGAAAGCGGUGCCUUUAUUUUUUUGUCCUCCUCUUGAUGAUCCUGCUCUUGGUGAAUCUCGCUCUAACAAUAUGGAUCCUGAAGGUCAUGAAUUUUACAAAAGAUGGCAUGGGGCAUCUAAGAAUCACUGACAAGGGCCUGCGGUUAGAAGGACCAUCUGAGUUUUUGCAGCCUUUGUAUGCCAAAGAAAUCCGAUCCAAAGCAGACAGCUCCCUUUACUUGCAGUCUUCUAGGAAUGUUACAGUGAGCAUCCGCGAUAGUCAGGAUCAGACUGUUACGCAGUUAAAUACAGGAAGUGAAGCUAUAGAAGCACGUGGCAAGCGUUUUGAAGUCAACUCGAAUACUGACAAGCUGUUGUUUUCAGCGGAGGACAGUGAAGUGGUUGUCGGUGCUGAUCGUUUACGAGUCUUAGGUGCUGAAGGAGCUGUGUUUGAAAAGUCUCUAGAAACACCACUUAUCCGAGCCGAACCGUUCAAAGAGUUAAGACUAGAAUCGCCCACGCGUUCACUAACACUGGAGGCACCAAAAGGAGUUGAGAUCUAUGCAGAGGCAGGUAAUAUGCAGGCUACUUGUCGAACAGAAUUGAAAUUGGAAUCUGAAGAUGGUGAGAUCAAUUUGGAAGCUAGAAACAUAAAACUCCCCAGGCUACCUAUGGGUUCAUAUACUUCCUCAUCAUUCACUCAACAAAAUGUUUUUGAGGUGUGUGCUUGCCCGAAUGGCAAACUGUUCCUUUCACAAGCAGGAGUGGGCUCCACAUGUCAGAUAAGCAGCAGUGUCUGUCUAUAAAAUAAAUUAAUAAUAAACCUUUGCAGGGACAGAAAUCUGCAAGCAUUGCCAGCAAUGUCAGGCCUAUCGAAUUGGGACAUUUAUUGGCGCCAUAGCUGUGUGGCAUCAGCCUGGUGGAUAUAAUGGGAAAGGCCUUCUAAAUAGACACUUUGUGCUGACUGUCUUCAAACCCUAUUCAAAAUAUUGUUUCAGUAUUGGGGUUAAAAACAAACAGGAAUAAUUUGUACUGAGACAUAUUGCUAUAACAUCUCUGUUCAAAGAGGGUAAAAACAAAUGUAUGCCUUUGCCUUAACUGAAUGCACUCAGCAAGGAAAGCACAUUAUUUUUAAGUUUCACGUGUGUAAUUGGGAGUGCAAAGAUUACAAAAUGUGUGUAAACUGAUCAAUACCCAGUGCUGACAUUGAACCCAGUAAUCAUCAGGUUUUGGACUGUAGGUGCUCUGAUUGAGUAUAUUAGGAAAGAAAAGAAAUGGCUUAGCAGAUGGCAUGGUAAGGUACAGCUCAUUUAUUUGGUAACAUAAAGGUAGAGCAACAAGUUGGUAUGUUGGCAAUUUUCAAUAAUCACAGCAAUCCCAUUUUGAGGGAUUUCUUUUGUGGUACAUUACUAAUGUAUCCCAGUUAUUUUUUUAAAACCUAGCAUCAUUAAAAGCCAACUUAUUAAUAAAUUCUUCCAUUUUUAAUUCCAUUUUUAUUUUUGGAAAAUUCACUGAAUUAGCCUUGAUGAAUACUUUGGUGCAGCAUUGAGGGAGUAUGACAUUUUCAGAGAUGCAGUCAUUUUAAUGAGAUAUUAAAUGCAUCCUCUGUCUGCUGAUGUGGAUAUAAAUGAAUCUAUGGCACUAUUCGAAGAACACGUGCCCUCCUUAACCAACAUAACCAUCAACAAACAAAUGGCAUAAACUUGUUUUUCAUCACAGUGCUGUUGUAAAAUAACUACAACAUUUCUAUAGACAACAUCGAUGAUGCAACUUCAAACUAACUGAUUAUAUAUGAGAUACUUUUGAGAGAGCUGAUAAGAAGUUUCAUAAAUGCAAGAUCUCUCUUAUUGUAACUUAAAUAAUGUUUCAAUAUUUGAUUUCAUAAAUUACUGCAUAAUUUCAAUUUUUCAUCCCUAAGAUAUUCAUUUUGAGGUUUUUGAUUGCUGCUGUGAAUAUUAUCCUUAGCAUCAACUGAAAAGAAUUUGAAGAAAUUUAAGAGGGUUAACUUCAGUCUUUUUUUCCCUUUUUAUCUCAAGUCAAUGCUACUCAUCUCUAGCUGACCACAUCAUUUAGAGACCUGAUCCAGGUUUGCAAAUGGCUUGUUGAUGAUACAGUUACUUCUUUAGGAACAUGACAUUAGUCUGCACAGGUAUACGAGUGGGCAAAAUUGAGCAUUCCCCUUUACUUUUACCUAUAAAAAAGUGCCUGACCUUCUUUUGUCACUUCUCUGCCAGAUCAGGCUCACUCAGUAGUGAAUUUGAAAGGCAUUCUUUGAUGCAGCAAUUUGGAGUCUGAAUGGUAAGUAAUUAGAGUAAGGCUUGUUUUGUUGAAAACUGGUCAAUUUUUUAAUAAUAUAGAUGGAGAUAUUAAUUAAUCAAUUCCCAUUACAUUCCAAAAGUUAAACAAUUGACAAUUGGAACAUUUGCGAAAAAAUAAUUUGAAAGCAAUGUCAUCACCAAGUCACUAAUAACAUUUACUACUUACUACAGUUAAGAAAGACAAAGGGUUUUUUUUUAAGAAGAAAACAAAGAUUUAAGUCUUUUGAGUUACUAUGCUAUACAGUGCUGUGGUCUAAACAUGUCGAAACCAACAACAUGUAAAACAAUACGGUUACUCCAUGAAUGUCUGUACAGAGAUAACCAGUAAAAAUGUUACUGUCUAUUAAACCAUGCUAAUGUUUAAAGCCAAGAGUGAAUUUUUGUUUGGAAAAUCUGCUGAAAACUGAUUAACUAAACUCACUUGGUUUUAAAGCCAUUGGUGUAAUACUCUACAGUCUACUGCCUGCUGAUUUUGAGAGAACUGUAAUCGGUGCACUCCUGGUGUGUAUGUACUGGUGUGUUGUGGUAGAUCAAUAGAAAAAUAUUUUGGAGUUUUUAUAUAUUAUGUACCUAUUUUAUGGCUUUGAGUUACUGAGUAAGAAAGAGUCACAGACCAAAGACUGAUGGGAAUUCAGCCACACUGUCCAUACAUUAUAUGGUGCUUACUUUCAUGAUUCUGUGAGGGCCUAGUAAGGUGUCAUCUUAUUUCCUGUCAAAAGGAUCAAGACCAAGGCAGACCACAACAGCGGAAUUUGCAGGAAUUAGCAAAACACAUUGGAAAACUCUCAGGGGCAGGGUUGGAAGUGAGGCCAGAAGAACAGCUCUUGGUUGACUAAUACAUGUAUAUUAUACACAUUUCAUUUGAAAUUUUGGAGUUUUCUUGAAGAACCAGACACAAAUGUCAAUCCAAAGUUAUGGUCAGCAAGUUACAUUGUAAAAGGCUACAGGUAGUGUUCAGGAAAUCUUCUCCUUAGUUGCACCUAUAUUUAUCUAGAUUUUCUUUUGUGAAACAUGUAAUUUUUUCUCAGUUCCCUGUGGAGAGUAAUAAUCUCUGUUGGUCCUCUUCUUUGGGCAGGCUGUACCACUGUUAUUCUGUAACUGGCCACAAUUCACUGUCAGAGACCUAAUAGAGAUAAUCAGAACAACUUGCCUUCUGAAUUUUGUAUAUUUCCAUCCUUUAUGAUGGAAUGACCAACUCGUGUGUUCAGCACAAUGGUACAGGUCAAUCUCAGUGAAUGAGGAGACUGAAUGCUGCCGUUAUGCCACAUCCAGAAAAUUCUGAGAUCCUUUUGUGUCAUGUAACAUCUGCAAGGUUGUUUUUAUAAUGCAUAAUACCGCACCAUCCACUUACAUAACUUCAGAGUUUAAACUGGAUCAGCAUUGAUCAUUUAAUUUGUUUUCUUUUCUAAUUGACGCCUGACUAUCAGUCUGUCGCACACUAUAAUGUUUUCACCGUGACAGACAAACUUUGUGGUCACAAAGAAUAAA